AUUCUUGGCAGCUCGUCCCGGGCCGGACAUAACGGUCCGCGCAAGGCUCCCCGGACCGGAAGUGGAAACGAAUUGUCGCGGGGCGCGCCCGGCCUGGCUCACCGCCUGGCAAUCCCCGUUGUCGCCGCCGCCCUCGGGCAGUGCCGAGGCUUUCCGCAGCCGCCAUGUCCGCCAGUGCCGUCUACGUGCUGGACCUGAAGGGCAAGGUGCUCAUCUGCCGGAACUACCGCGGCGACGUGGACAUGUCGGAGGUGGAGCACUUCAUGCCCAUCCUGAUGGAGAAAGAGGAGGAGGGGAUGCUGUCACCUAUCCUGGCCCAUGGGGGAGUCCGCUUCAUGUGGAUCAAGCACAACAACCUGUAUCUGGUCGCCACCUCUAAGAAGAACGCGUGCGUGUCACUGGUGUUCUCCUUCCUCUACAAGGUGGUGCAGGUAUUUUCGGAAUAUUUCAAGGAGCUGGAAGAGGAGAGUAUCCGCGACAACUUCGUCAUCAUCUACGAGCUGCUGGAUGAGCUCAUGGACUUCGGCUACCCCCAGACCACAGACAGCAAGAUCCUGCAGGAGUACAUAACUCAGGAAGGCCACAAGUUGGAAACAGGGGCCCCACGGCCCCCAGCCACCGUCACCAACGCAGUGUCCUGGCGCUCUGAGGGCAUCAAGUACCGGAAGAACGAGGUGUUCUUGGACGUCAUUGAGUCUGUCAAUCUCCUGGUCAGUGCCAACGGUAACGUCCUACGCAGUGAGAUUGUGGGCUCCAUCAAGAUGCGGGUCUUCCUGUCGGGCAUGCCUGAGCUGCGCCUGGGCCUCAACGACAAGGUUCUCUUCGACAACACGGGCCGUGGCAAAAGCAAGUCCGUGGAGCUGGAGGACGUGAAGUUCCACCAGUGUGUGCGGCUCUCUCGCUUUGAGAACGACCGCACCAUCUCCUUCAUCCCACCCGAUGGCGAGUUCGAGCUCAUGUCCUACCGCCUCAACACCCAUGUCAAGCCCUUGAUCUGGAUCGAGUCCGUGAUUGAAAAGCAUUCCCACAGCCGCAUCGAGUACAUGAUCAAGGCCAAGAGCCAGUUCAAGCGGCGGUCAACAGCCAACAAUGUGGAGAUCCACAUCCCUGUGCCCAACGAUGCCGAUUCACCCAAGUUCAAGACGACAGUGGGGAGCGUCAAGUGGGUCCCCGAGAACAGUGAGAUUGUGUGGUCCAUCAAGUCCUUCCCGGGCGGCAAGGAGUACCUGAUGCGGGCCCACUUCGGCCUGCCCAGCGUGGAGGCGGAGGACAAGGAGGGCAAGCCCCCGAUCAGUGUCAAGUUUGAGAUCCCCUACUUCACUACCUCCGGCAUCCAGGUGCGCUACCUGAAGAUCAUCGAGAAGAGCGGCUACCAGGCCCUACCGUGGGUUCGUUACAUCACUCAGAACGGAGAUUACCAGCUCCGGACCCAGUGAGGGGCCACGGUGGCCAACGCUCCCGGCCCGGCACUGGGGCUCCUGGUGGAAGCACCGGGAGGAAGCACCUGCCAAGCCUGCCAGAAGGAAGGGCUCCCCGGGACACCAGCCACCCUCCCGGCUCCACCCAGGGGCCCCUCCUCCUCCAGGCGCACCUGCUGUGCCGUCGCCACUCUCAUCCCCCAAGUCCCUUUUCCCAGAAGAGGCUUAUCUUCAAGAAGUCUCGUCUCUGCCCCCGAGUCAGUUUGAAGGGAAGGAAAGAAAUCUUUCCCUCCAGAGAUCAAAUACAGCCUUCUGUGCUGUUGUAGCUCCUAGUCACGAAAAGAUCGGGAAACGCUCGCCAGACCA